UUACCUUGUUUGGCAAUAUUGUGAGUUGGGCCUAUGGAUUUCAAGCCCAUAUUCCUCUUUUAGCUUGUUUGCGUUUACAACAAGCAAUUGGAUUCCAAUUUGGGAUCCGAAUUCCGAUUGAUUUUGCCGUCCAAUUUCAGAUGACACCGGAGUAACUUUCCUCUGCCGUUUAAUUUUUUUAAUCUCCGGCGAAAUUGAACUCCAGGUUGCUGAAAAGUUGAAUAACAUGGGUGAUGCAAUUGAUUUGACUGGAGAUGGAGGUGUUAUGAAAAAAAUUGUGCAACGAUCCAAACCUGAUGCUAUUGCUCCCUCAGAGAGUCUUCCUCUUGUUGAUGUUCAUUAUGAAGGCACUCUUGCUGAUACUGGUGAAGUAUUUGAUACUACCCGUGAAGACAAUACAAUUUUCUCCUUUGAGAUAGGCACUGGUUCUGUUAUUAAGGCUUGGGAUGUUGCACUGAGGACCAUGAAGGUUGGUGAAGUAGCUGUAAUUACCUGCAAGCCAGAGUAUGCCUAUGGAAGUGCUGGGUCCCCGCCCGAUAUCCCCCCUGAGGCAACCCUUGUUUUUGAAGUUGAGCUGGUGGCUUGUAGACCACGUAAAGGUUCUAGUGUCAGCAGUGCUUCAGAUGAAAGGGCUAGGCUGGAGGAACUAAAGAAGCAAAGAGAAACGGCAGCUGCAGCUAAGGAGGAAGAGAAGAAGAAGAGAGAAGAAGCUAAGGCCGCAGCAGCUGCUCGUAUCCAAGCCAAGCUUGAAGCAAAGAAAGGAAAGGGGAAGGGCAAAGCUAAGUAAAAUCCCCAUGCAUUUAUAAUAUAUUUACAUACUAUAUACUAGUGUCAAAAUAUGCUUUUUUGCUUGAUAUUUCUAAGCUUUCAUAUCGUUAUAAGUUACCAUUACGAUAGCCAAAAUGGUUGAAAUGGGUUUGCCUCAUUUUAACGGUCAAUGAGAUUCCCUUUGUUUUCUUAUCAUCUUAUACAGAAUCAUUGGAAGAUAGUACUUUCUGAAUUAAUCAGACUCUAAUAAAAAUAUUGGGCAUCAUUUGGGAAACGAUGUACAAAAAUAAGAGUAAUUGUAAUUUUAUUGAAAAAAGGCAAUGGACGAAACUGUGUUCCAAAGUACAAA